AUGAAUGCGUUGCCUUGCCUGUGCACAGCAAGCCCCUCUGAUGCCCCUCGUGCCUGUACUAUUCGCCCCCUCUGUCCCUCUGUCCCUCUGACUAUCGCCCCUCGCUCCACGCCCCUCGCUCCUCGCCCCUCGCUCCUCGCCCCUCGCUCCUCGCCCCUCGCUCCUCGCCCCUCGCUCCUCGCCCCUCGCUCCACGCCCCUCGCUCCUCGCCCCUCGCCCCUCGCUCCUCGCCCCUCGCUCCUCGCCCCUCGCUCCUCGCCCCUCGCUCCUCGCCCCUCGCCCCUCGCCCCUCGCUCCUCGCCCCUCGCUCCUCGCCCCUCGCCCCUCGCCCCUCGCUCCUCGCCCCUCACUCCUCGCCCCUCGCUCCUUGCCCCGCGGCCCACGGCCCUCUGUGAAUCCUUCCAGUCGUCUCUCUGCCCCUCUCCCCCUCUCAUUCAGUCACCACCCCUCUGCGGCUCUGCCCCCCCCUGUCCAGUCCGACUCACACCACACCUGCUGCAGAAUGCAGGGAAGAGCGCAUGUGCCGUGCCUAGUGCUUUCUCUGACCCGUGUGCCUUAUCUGCCCCUCUUUCCUUCUCUCCCCUACAUUCCUCACCUUUCCCUCUCUCCUCAGCUUCCCUACUUUCCUCUCACUCCCCUAAACCCUACACCCCGCUCAACUCUCAAGGAUGCAGGGCGGAGCACGAGACAGGGUCUCAACCUCACCACUGGAGGAUGGGAGGAGCCCGACGCAGGGUUUCGACGUACCCACUCCUCUCGUACCUACUUCUUUCUCUCUGCACCACUCUCUGCUCCUUGAUCAUUUCACCACUGGAGGAUGUGAGGCGCAUCACGAAGCAGGGUCUCAAUGUGACCAUUCGACUCGUACCCGUUGCUCUCCUCUACCUAUUGCUUCGUUCUCUGCCCCUUUUUCCUUCUCGACUCCUCUCCUUCCUCUUCCCUAAAUCUUAA